GAGCCCGUCCUCCAUACACAUGAGCUGCGACUCCGCCAUGACGCGCCGCGACCUGCCGCUCGCCUCACGCGCUCAGAAUGCCUCACCUGUGCUCACCUGUGCUCGCCUUGAGCCCGCGGCUUCAUCAUGAAUCACACACAAACACCCCGAGAUCAAGAGUUUGCUCCAGGAUGCAGGAUUCUCUGUUACAGUUCAGUUGAUCAGAAGAGAUCAGAACCAGAGCCCAGCUGUGUGUCUGUGAGGAGUGACCAUUCUAUGGAUCGGUUCUUUGAUUUUAAGAGUGAUGACACAAGGUCAGUCCUGCAACGCAGAUCAUUAACAAAACCCGUCUGUAAGAAUGAAUCCCUGAAUCAACCCGAAGACAGCACGUAUCCUGGUGUAAGAUUUCUUAGGAAUGAAGUCCUCAACACGUUUAGAUCAAAUCUGAUGAAGAAGUUUGGUCAUCUGUAUGAGGGAACAGCGACGCAGGGAAACCCAACACUCCUGAAUGAGAUCUACACAGAGCUCUACAUCACAGAGAGUGAGAGUGGAGAGAUCAGUAAUGAGCAUGAGGUGAGACAGAUUGAGACACAAUCCAGGAGAGCAGCAACAGAGGACACAGCCAUCAAAUGCAAUGACAUCUUUAGACCUUUACCUGGACAAGACAAAGCCAUCAGAACUGUGCUGACAAAGGGAGUCGCUGGCAUUGGAAAAACAGUCUCUGUGCAGAAGUUCAUCCUGGACUGGGCUGAAGGGAAAGAGAAUCAGGACGUCCAGCUCAUAUUUCCACUGCCUUUCAGAGAAAUCAAUCUGAUGAAGGACAAAACACUCAGUCUUUCAGAUCUUCUUCAUGUCUUUUUCCCUGAAACUAAAGAAAUGGAAAUAUCCAGUGAUGAAUAUAAAGUGUUGUUCAUCUUUGAUGGUCUGGAUGAGUGUCGUCUGUCUCUGGACUUUAAGAGUAAAGUGAAGCUGUGUAAUAUAUCUGAAUCAGCCUCAGUGGACGUGCUGCUGAUGAACCUGAUUGUGGGGAAUCUGCUUCCCUCUGCUCUCAUCUGGAUCACCUCCAGACCAGCAGCAGCUGAUCUCGUCCCCUCUGAGUGUGUCCAUCGAGUGACAGAGGUACGAGGCUUCAAUGAGCCACAGAAGCAGGAAUACUUCAGGAAGAGAAUCAGUGAUCAGAGUCUGGCCGAUACAAUCAUCUCACACCUGAAGUCAUCAAGGAGCCUCUACAUCAUGUGCCACAUCCCAGUGUUCUGCUGGAUCUCAGCCGCUGUUCUGGAGAAGAUGUUGAGUCCAGCAGAGAGUGGAGAGAUUCCCAAGACUCUCACUCAGAUGUACACACGCUUCCUGAUCCUUCAGACCAACAUCAAACACAAGAAGGACUAUGAGAAGAAGGUGAAAGAUGAACACAUGAUCCUCAAACUGGGGAAAGUGGCUUUCCAGCAGCUUGUGAAAGGCAACCUGAUCUUCUAUGAGGAAGACCUGAGAGAGUGUGGCAUUGAUGUGACAGAAGCAUCAGUGUACUCAGGAUUGUGCACUCAGAUCUUCAGAGAGGAGUUGGGCUUGUAUCAGGGGAAAGUCUUCUGCUUUGUUCAUCUGAGCAUUCAGGAACAUCUAGCAGCUCUAUAUGUGCAUCUCUCCUGGACAAACCACAACAGAAAUAUGAUUGACCAAAUCACCAAACAGAGUUUGUUGUAUAAAGUUAAGGACCGGUUUCAAGUCAAUUCACCAGAACAUGUUUCAUUAUCUGAGCUGCAUCAGAGAGCUGUGAAAGAGGCUCUACAGAGUAGAAAUGGACAUCUGGAUCUUUUCCUGCGGUUCCUUCUGGGUUUGUCAGUGGAGUCUCAUCAGAUUCUCCUACAACGAAUAAUAACACUGAAAAGAAGCAGCUCUGACAGCAAUGAGAAAACAGCUGAGUACAUCAAGAAGAAGAUCAGGACCAUUGACUCUCCAGAGAAGUCCAUCAAUCUGUUCCACUGUCUGAAUGAACUGGGUGAUCAUUCACUAGUGGAGGAAAUACAACAAUAUCUGAAAUCUGGAACAAUAAGUGAAGCCAAACUCUCUUCAUCUCAGUGGUCAGCUGUAGUUUUUGUGUUGUUGACUUCAGAUGAGGAACUGAAUGAGUUUCGUCUUGAUAAAUUUGUUAAAGGAAGGAAUAAACAUGAAAAUAUGAAAGUUCUUCAGAAGUUGCUGCCUGUGACUAAAGAAUCCAGAUCAGUUCAGUUGAGUGAUUGUGGCGUCACAGAUGAAGUUUGUGCUGCUCUGGCUUCAGCUCUGAGAUCAAACCCCUCACACCUGAGAGAACUGGAUCUAUCUGGGAAUAAACUAGGAGAUUCAGUGAAGCUGCUUUCUGAUGUCCUACAGAAUCCUCACUGUAAACUGGAGAAACUGUGGUUGAGUAAGUGCGGUGUCACAGAUGAAGGUUGUGCUGCUCUGGCUUCAGCUCUGAGAUCAAACCCCUCACACCUGAGAGAACUGGAUAUAUCUGGGAAUAAACUAGGAGAUUCAGUGAAGCUACUCUCUGAUGUCCUACAUAAUCCUCACUGUAAACUGGAGAAACUGUGGUUGAGGGAUUGUGGCGUCAUGGAUAAAGGUUGUGCUGCUCUGGCUUCAGCUCUGAGAUCAAACCCCUCACACCUGACAGAACUGGAUCUGUCUGGGAAUAAACUAGGAGAUUCAGUGAAGCUGCUUUCUGAUGUCCUACAGAAUCCUCACUGUAAACUGGAGAAACUGGAGUUGAGUGAUUGUGGAGUCACAGAUGAAGGUUGUGCUGCUCUGGCUUCAGCUCUGAGAUCAAACCCCUCACACCUGACAGAACUGAGUCUGUCUGGGAAUAAACUAGGAGAUUCAGUGAAGCUGCUUUCUGAUGUACUACAGAAUCCUCACUGUAGACUGGAGAAACUGUGGUUGAGUGAUUGUGGAGUCACAGAUGAAGGUGGUGCUGCUCUGGCUUCAGCUCUGAGAUCAAACCCCUCACACCUGACAGAACUGAAUCUGUCUGUGAAUAAACUAGGAGAUUCAGUGAAGUUGCUUUCUGAUGUCCUACAGAAUCCUCACUGUAAACUGGAGAAACUGUGGUUGAGUGAUUGUGGUGUCACAGAUGAAGGUUGUGCUGCUCUGGCUUCAGCUCUGAGAUCAAACCCCUCACACCUGAGAAUACUGGAUCUGUCUUAUAAUAAACUAGGGAAAUCAGGAGUGAAGUUACUCUCUGAUCUGAAGAACGAUCCACGUUUUAUACUGGAGAGAUUAUACUAUUUUUAGGACUCUCAGUAUUGAGACGUCAGUCCAGUUUCCUCAGGAUCAGCUGAUGGUGAAUAAGGAGCCGCUACAGAGACGUCACAGUCACACAAUCAACAGAGACUGAAGACACAGAGACGCACAUUAUCACACUGUCUCUCGUGUGUGUGACUUUACAUCACUUUCUCAUUUUAUACUACUGGCCCAUGAAAAUGAAACGUGAAGAGAAUUAGCUCACUUUUGCAGCAGUGUAUGGUUUAUCUGUGCUCUUGUAGCCAUCUCAGGUAUUUUUCAGAUAAUGUAUAUUCAUAAUGCUAAUAUACAUAGCCUUUAUCACUGUAUAGAAUACUGUAAAAUAAUAUAUUUUCUGCCUCAUUCUGUGAUAAGAAGCAAUGUGAUUCCAAAGACUUGAUUGAUGCUAUAACGUGAGUUUGGAGUAAAAAUAUGUUGUCAUUUUAACAUAUAUUAUUGUACAUUGAUGCUGUAUUAUGUAGUGACAGGAGAAACAAAUAAUGCUAUCACACAAGAUUUCUAUAAUUAUCACAAAUUAUUUUGGCCACAAUAAUUGUAUAGUGGAAAAUCUGAUAUUGUAAUUGUUCUCUUUCCACAUACGUCUUCACAUUAUUUUCUAGUUUCUUGCAUUUUUCCUCCUGCCUCUGAACACAGUAAAUCACUAAUUGCUGUUAACACAUAUUAUUCUUGAAUGCUAUGGGGCUCCUAAAAAUCAUGUUCAUGGGGUUGUUGCGAUCGCAAAAUCACGUUUGCAUUAACUGCAAACAACAAUCACAGAAUGUUCCUCUAUAUAGUCCCUUUUAGUUAUUUUUUUGGGGAACCAAAUAAGAAAAUUCCAGAAUUGUUCUCUGCAGGUUCUUUUUUUUGUAACCAAAAGUUUCUCUCUCUCUCUCUCUCUCUCUCUCUCUCUAUAUAUAUAUGCAUUAGUGUAAAACAGAAUUUAGCCAAAAAAUAAAUGUAGAACUAAGAUGACAAUGUAAAAUAAAGAUUGAUGAAUCCGACUUUAUAGCUGAAACAUUAAACUAGUGUAGAAAAAACAUACAGGAAUCAGUUUUGUUGGUUUGUUUCUGUUUUUGUUUAC